GCGGACGGAGCCGACCGCUGAGAUGGCUCAGGCGAAUAUCUCGGUGACGGAGAGCCAGUUCAGGUGUCCCAUCUGCCUGGACAUCUUGAAGGACCCGGUGUCUAUCCCCUGCGGACACACCUACUGCAUGGCAUGCAUCAACAGCUACUGGGACCGGGUGGACUCGGGUCAGUUCAGCUGCCCUCAGUGCCGGGACACGUUCAGCCCUCGGCCGGUGCUGCGGAGGAACACUGUGCUCGCCGAGGUUCUCGGCAAACUCAAGCUGAAUGAGAUUGACACCGCGCCGGAGGUCUACCUGGGGGGAGUCGGGGAAGUUCCCUGCGACUUCUGCACGGCGGAGAGUAAACUGAGGGCGGACAAGUCGUGCCUGGUGUGCCUGGCGUCUUUCUGCAAGCUUCACGUCCUGCCGCACCGUGAGGUCGGUACUUUGCGACGCCACAAGUUGGUGCCAGCGGUAGAAUGUGUGGCGGAGAAGCUGUGCGCUCAGCACCGCCUGGGGCUGGAGCCCGAGGGGAGCGGCUCCGAGGCAGGGGCUGCGGUGGAGUGGAGCGGGUACUGCCUGCUGUGCCAGGCCGACCAGGAGGAAGCGCCCAGUGUGGAAGCGCAGAGAGCUAGAAGACAGCUCCAGCUCCAGGAGUCUCAGAGGAUGGUCCAGGGGAGGAUACGGACCGGAGAGAGAGAGCUGCAGGAGUUUCAGCAGAACUUGGAGUCUCUCAAGGUGACAAAAACACAAACACACCCACUCCAGCUCCAGGAGUCUCAGAGGAUGGUCCAGGGGAGGAUACGGACCGGAGAGAGAGAGCUGCAGGAGUUUCAGCAGAACUUGGAGUCUCUCAAGGCCACCCAGCUGCUCUGCAUGCCUUUCGCCACUGGUCGGCACUCCGGCACCCUCAGCCUGCCCACGGAGGCCUUCAGUGGUGCCAGGAGAGCACUGGGCCACCUCCGUAGCCACAUAGAGGAGGUCUGCCGGGAGGAGGUCGACAAGAUCACCCCCGCAGUUAAUGAUAACUACAAAUCUGGUGGAGAGCAUGUAAAAAGUGGCCGAAUUCACAGUGCGGUGAACUCCAAACCUCAGCAAAUGCAACUGUCUACAGGGCAACAUGCAACCAGGGCAGCACCAGUGUCGUUCCCGCUGUCCUCUCUGUCUCUGCAGGCGCCUGAUCAGAGGAUGAGGGCAGCUUUCCUCAGGUUUUCGUGCCAUCUGACCUUUGACCCCGAGACAGCUCAUCCUACCUUGGUUCUCCUGGAGGGGCCCCAGGGUGCUCAUUGUGGCGAGGAGCCACAGCCCUACCAGCCUCAUCCACAGCGCUUUGACUCAGUGGCGCAAGUCCUGUGCAGGGAGGGCCAGUUUGGCGGUGCCAGCUACUGGGAGGUGGAGUGGAGAGGAGGUGGGUGGAUUGACAUAGGCGUCACCUACCGUGGGAUCGGGCGCAAAGGUGGCGGGAAGCCCUGCCUGCUUGGGCGCAACGAGCACUCUUGGCGGCUGAGGUGUAGUCAUGCUGGAUAUGCUGCAUGGCACGAUAACCGCAAGACCACGGUCGCUGCACCGCCCUCCCCCAGGAUCGGCGUGUUUCUGGAGCGCCAGAAAGGAGCUUUGUCCUUUUACAGCAUCUCGGACUCCAUGGUGCUCCUGCACACUUUCCAUUGUUCGUUCUCUCAGCCGCUAUACCCCGCCUUCCGUUUGGAUCUGGACUCAACUCUUGUCAUCUGCCCUCAUGAGGGAAGCUAACUAUGCCCCCAUGUUUUCCCAGGACGUGUCAUUUAUCUUCUGGAGGAAAAGGCUGUUCGCUCUGCCAUUCGAUAUAAUGAGUGAGUGGUGGGGAAAUGGCACUUUUCUGUGUAAUUCUCUUUGACUGUAAUAUUCUCUUUGAUAACUGCCAGGUUGAGCGGCAGAAUUGCAUAUUUUUUUUAACAGCAUGCAUGUUUUUUACAGUGUACUUUAUGUCGUAUCUUUAUUACAUUAAAGCCCAUGUGUCAUCAUUUAAACCAGAUACACACAGGUUAAUAAAUUUACACAUAUACAUAUAUAUAAACUGAUGUGUUCAGCAAAUUGAAAAUAUACCCUCAAGUUGGAUUUUAUGCUAGCUUUGAAAUACUGCAAAAGUUGUGUACUUGGUUCCCACGGCUAAUUAGCUAACUGGUAACAGGCCAUAGACCAUGGGUUCAUCACAUUGUGAAAGACUGUUUGAGCAAAUAUUUAAACAAGAAAACAGUUUCUCAGAAAUGGGAAAGAAUUUCUGGUCCAUAAUAAGCCAUUAUCAUGGGUGAUUUCCACAUCUGUAAAAGCGCCAUUAUUGUUGGCUGAUACAUGCAAGUUUGGGGGCAACACAUGCUUUCAAAGCCAGUAUUUUCAGGGAAGUCUGUGCUUAUUUAAAGUUACAGUAAGUGGGUUUUUAAUGUUAUUUAUUAGAAAAAUAGUGUACUCAAAAAUAUACAUAGAUCAGUCAGUAAUUAUGCCAUCCAACAAAUUGAUGCAUUCUUAUACAUACAUACAUAAUGCCAGCUAACAGCAGCUAACAACGGUAAAAACAGCGGUGCUUAUCAGCAGCUCACCGAGGUUAGCUUCACUGACUUAUCGGCUCGAAUCGUAGUCCCUUCACAAAAUUUUACAGCAUGUACCAGAGUAAACAACAUAUUGAUAGCUAAAUGUCGAACGGCUGUGGUCAGAGGUGAUUCGUGUGUCCAAAAAAAGUACUGCAAAACUGCAGAACAAAUAUUUAUUGUUUAAUUCCCGAUUUAUUGCUAAGUGAAAAGUGUUUGUCCACCAGCAGGCACCGUAGCUGGAAUUGUUACAAUUGAAUUGAGAUGAGUGAGUAAUCAGAGCUCAGUUGACUGCAAUUUACUGACAUCUGGUGGUGAGAUUUUACACACUCUACCUUUAAGUAAAACACUGCCAGACCACAUGAGUACUGUUGAACAAUUUCUUUUUACUUUUAAUUACAAAAAAUUAUUAGUUUUAACAGGAAUGUUUACUUUGUUUUAAAUUUAAUUUAAAUAUGUGGUUAAAAUAACUUCUACAGUGUGCUGACCUUGUUGUAAUAUCGGGUGGUAUUUGUGUUCCAGUAAGACAUGGAUGAGUUACUAUGAGUUAACAUACAAUUAUAAAUAUGCUCAUAUUUUGUAAUAUUUUUGAACAUUUUUUGUGUUUUUGCCUCUGUGACAGAUGUUUACUGGGAAAAAGCCAUAUUCACAGAUUUACUGAGCAAUGGAGUAUAAAAAGAAGAACCACACACUUCAGCGUGUUUGUAGAAAUCGUUUGACUGGAAACAUGUGCGACAGUGUUUCCCACAGAUUCUAAAUCAGCAACAAAGAAAUAUUCAUUGGUUUCUCCUCCCUUUGUGUUUGAUGUUAUUUUCAUUGGGUUGUACAUUUAUAGGAGUCAAAGGUUAUUUUUUUCCAUUAUCAGUUAUACUAAUGUGACGUGGGAAACCUCUGGGCAUUUUUUAAAUUAAACCUGCAGAAGUGACCUCAGCUUCAGAUAAAUUAAACGUUAUUUUGUCAAGUCAUUUUCUUUGGGUAAUGUUUUUCAUGUUUUUUCAUGUAAGAGUCUAUACAUGUUGCAUUGCAUUAAUCUUAAAUUAAAUGAAGGAAUAGUUUAAUAUGUUAAAAAAAAUGCUUACAGAAUUCUGUUGGGAAAAGUUGUAGCACUAUAAAUAUGGAUGUACAAUUUCUUAAGGUACUCAACGGGCAGGUUGUCCCACUUCUUGUUUGUUUAGCCUGAGUUCUGUCUUAUCAUCCUUGAAUGAUUCUGUUAUGUUGACAUUAAGACUCUGUGGAAAUCAUACUGGCUGUUUAUCUUGCUGCUGGAGACAUCUCUUUAUGACUUUUGUCAAAUAUUUAGGGUCAGUGAUGUGCUCCAGAGGAAAACUGGGACUAAUCAUGAGCCUUUCUUUGUGGUACUGUGCAAUGGAAAACAAUCAAAAGAUCCAAGUGCCUCAAACAUUUGCACAGAACAACACUUGCUAUCAUUGCAGCACUUUGAUUGCUUCUAAGUCUAUGAUUAUAACUUUUAUCUAAGCAACUCAGAUUCUAUCAAAUCACAUACUCAAAUCACAAUCUCAUUCAUUUUUAUUGAUGUAGCGCCAAAUCACAACAACAUUCGGCUCAAGGUACUUUGUACUGUAAGUUAACACCCCACGUUAAUACAGAGAAAACCCAACAAUCAAAUGACCCUCUUUGAGCAAGCACUUGGUGACAGUGAGAAGGAAAAACUCCCUUUUAACAGGAAGAAAUAUCCAUCAUGCAAACCC